AUGAAGAGGCGAAGGAAUAAAAUUGGUUAAGAUGCUGAAUUUUGUGGUGUUUCUUUCCUUCCUCCUCAGCUUCCCCAUCCAUGGAAGCGCAGAGUUUUAUCCCGACCCCUUCCGUUACUGCUCCAACGCCACCUUCUCACCCAACUCCACCUUCCUUUCCAAUCUUCAAACCCUCUCUUCCACUCUCUCCUCCAAUGCUUCUCACAAUUUCUAUCACAAUUCUUCCGUAGGCCGACAGAAAUCUCCUAAUUCCACCGCUGUCUACGGCGACUUCCAGUGCCGUGGGGAUCUCAACGCCACCGCCUGCCGACAGUGCGUGGCCACGGCCACUGCCAAUUCCACGCAGAGCUACUGCCCUCGUAGUGUAGAGGCGGUUAUUUGGUUGGACGAGUGCUUUUUGCGAUAUUCCAAUGAAUCUUUCUUUUCCAUCGUGGCUGAACGGCCGAUGUUGAUUUUGAUUAAUAACAAUGCGAUUGAGGAGGAUGAAAGUGGGUUUGAUCGGAUUGUGGGCUCUGCGUUGAACCAUACGGUUGCUAAUGCUUCUUCGGUGAAAGGGGCGUUGAAAUUUGCGACCAAGGAAGCGAAUUUCAAAGACGCGAUUGUUUACACGCUGGCUCAAUGUACAGGGGAUUUGUCCACUUCUAAUUGUGGGAAAUGCUUGAGAGGCGCUCUUCAAAAUUACCCUGGUUGUUGCAGCGGUAAAAAGGGUGGGAGAGUCUUGUCUCCUAGUUGUAUGAUUCGUUACGAGCUUUAUCCUUUUUACGGCGGCGUUUCCCCCUCUAAUGCUAUUUCCACACCCCCUGCUUCUGCCCCUGCUUCUGCCCCUGCUCUGCCUCCGCCGCCGGAAUCUUCUCCCGAUUCCAACCCUCCUACGUCUGAGACUCCCUCCCCUCCGACGGCUUCUGUGUCAGCUCCGCCUCCUCCGUUGUCCUCCCCCCCUUCCGCUCCGACACCCUCUACAGCCUCUCCUCCUCUGCUUUCAGAAAUCAUCAAUGGUCAAGAGUCAAAGUUUCAGUUUUUCUCGUUAUAUAAUCCGAUCAUAUCCUUCACUAAUGGCGGCACGGCAGCCAUGUUCCAUUCAACCCUUCUCUUUUCCAUCAUCAUCAUCAUCAUCAGCAGCAGCAGCAGCCCUGCAGCUGCUCAGCCAAGUAUCAGUUGUUCAAGCGACAACGGCAAUUACACAGCCAACAGCACCUACAGAGCCAAUCUCCACCACAUCCUCUCUUCCCUCCCGACCGACAACCGCCUCGACCAAGGCUUCCUCAACACCUCCUAUGGACAAACCCCCGACCGAGUCAAUGCCAUCGCCCUCUGCAGAGGAGACCUUAACCCAGAGCUCUGUCGCAGUUGCAUCAGCGACUCUGUUUUGGACCUUCCCGAACAAUGUCCCAAUCAAAAGGAAGCUGUAAUUUGGUACCCCAAUUGCAUGUUUCGCUAUUCGGAUCGACGGAUUGUUGGGGUUUUGCGAGACACUCCUGCUUUUUGGAUGUGGAACAUUCAAGAUGCGGUGGACCUGCAAGGGUUCAGCCUGGUGGUGCAGGGGCUGCUGGCGGACCUCGCAAAGGAGGCUGCUUCAGGGGAUUCUAAGCUCAAGUUUGCUGCUGGGAAUGUCAGCACUUUGAAUGAGGAUUAUUUGAAUGUUUAUGGAAUGAUGCAAUGCACGCCGGAUAUUUCACAGGCACAGUGCCUUGAUUGCUUGCAAGUUGUUGCUGGCGUGGUUCAAACAUGGUGUCCAGGGAAGAUUGGAGCCAGAAUUAUUAGACCCAAUUGUUUUCUCAGGUAUGAGAUUGUCAGUUUCUUUAACUCUACAGCCGUUUCGAGAGUUUCCCAGUCGCCCCGACCGCCGCCGACACCGCCAUCACCUCCCUCCCUUUCACCAAAUACAACCACCAAUGCAGCAGGAAACGAGUCCGAGAGCUUAAAGACUGUCAUCAUAAUAGUUGUUCCAAUGGUUGUGGCUCUUGUAUUUGUGGCAUUAAUUGUCAGCAUCUUCAUGUUUCUAAGAGCAAGAAAACAAAGGGUUAAUGGAAUUGCAAGUUUAGAACUGGAUGACACUGCAGAUCUGGAAACUUUGGUGUUUGAUAUCAGUACUAUAAGAACUGCAACCGAUAACUUCUCAGAAGCAAAUACUAUUGGACAAGGUGGAUUUGGCGCUGUUUACAAGGGAAGCCUUGUCAAUGGGCAAGAUAUAGCAGUGAAAAGGCUCUCCCAGAACUCCAUGCAAGGACAAAGUGAGUUCAAGAAUGAAGUCCUGUUAGUGGCUAAACUACAGCACAGGAAUUUAGUUCGGCUUCUCGGUUUCUGUCUCCACGAACACGAAAGGCUUUUAGUGUUAGAGUUUGUGAAGAACUCAAGUCUUGAUAAAUUCAUAUUUGAUCCGUUAAGAAGUCAAGAUUUGGACUGGAAUGCACGUUACAAGAUCAUUGGAGGUGUUGCUAGGGGUCUUGUUUAUCUUCACGAAGAUUCUCAAAUUAAAAUCGUUCAUCGAGAUCUCAAACCUGCUAAUAUUUUGUUAGACGCAGAAAUGAAUCCAAAAAUUUCAGAUUUUGGUAUGGCAAGGUUGUUUCUACCCGAUCAAACACGAGGAGAUACAAGUAGAAUUGUAGGAACUCAGGGAUACAUGGCUCCGGAGUAUGCAAUGUAUGGAAAGUUUUCAAACAAGUUGGACGUGUUUAGCUUCGGUGUGUUAGUCUUGGAGAUUGUGAGCGGUCAGAAAAACAGCUCUUUCCGUCAGGAAGAUAACAUACAUGAUCUUAUAAGCUACGCAUGGAAGAACUGGAGGGCAGGAACAGCCUUGAAUGUUGUAGAUCCCAUUUUGAGAAGUGGGUCAGUUAGUGAAAUGAAGAAAUGUAUUCAUAUUGGGUUGCUUUGUGCUCAAGAAGAUUCAGCUGAUAGGCCAACUAUGGACACUGUUCUUCUCAUGCUUAAUAGUGACACAAUCACUCUCCCAAUACUUUCUCCACCACCUGAUUUCAUGAGUAUGAGCCUCACAUCAGACAUGUCUGGUUCCCAUGUGAUAGCCAUGGAAUGA